AUGGAUGAGCAGAUUGUUUCAGCCAGUAGCAAUGUGAAAGACGGUGUUGAGAAACAGCCUGUGAAAGAUCGCGAAGACGUCGAUGCCAACGUUGUACCGCCACAUUCAACGCCUUCGCUUCCGAAAAUAUCUCUCAUCAGCCUCUUUUCCAUUGUUAUGUCCUUAGGUGCCGCCGCCUUUUUGGGUGCACUCGAUGCGACCGUUGUUGCAGUGCUCACCCCAACCCUCGCUCAGGAAUUCCAUUCAGUAGACGCCGUGGCAUGGUAUGGCGCAAUAUAUUUGCUCAUGAGCGGAACCACGCAGCCCCUUUUUGGAAAGCUUUACAAUGAGUUUUCGCCCAAAUGGCUCUUUAUUACCUGCCUUAUCGUCCUCCAGCUUGGAUCGCUAGUCUGUGCUUUGGCACGGAAUUCUCCUACCUUUAUUGUGGGUAGAGCGGUUGCUGGAAUAGGAGCUGGAGGGAUUUUAUCUGGCGCAUUGAAUAUCGUUGCUCUCAUUGUUCCAUUACAUCACCGAGCUGCUUUUACUGGCAUGAUUGGAGCCCUAGAAUGCGUUGCGCUCAUUAUUGGCCCAAUCAUCGGGGGCGCCAUAGCGGAUAACAUUGGCUGGCGCUGGUGCUUUUGGAUCAACCUACCUAUUGGCGCAGCUGUCUGUGCUAUACUUUUAUUCUUUUUUCAUCCGCCGAGGUCCACAUACUCAGCUUCUGGAGUUCCAAGAUCGUACUCUGAAAUCCUCGGUAAUCUUGAUUAUAUAGGAGCUGGAAUGAUCAUCAGCAGCCUUGUUUGCCUCUCGCUGGCGUUGCAAUGGGGUGGUACAAAGUACAAAUGGGGUGAUGGUCGUGUAGUCGCUCUACUUGUCGUAUUCGGGGUUCUAUUUCUCUCUGCCAGUGGACAUCAGUACUGGAAAGGAGAAAAGGCGCUUUUCCCUACACGACUUUUAAGACAAAGGGGCUUUUUGUUAUCACUGUUUAAUGGUCUGUGUUUCGGGGGCGUUCAGUAUGCAGCUUUGUAUUAUUUGCCUACGUGGUUCCAAGCUAUAAAGGGUGAGACUCGGGUCGGCGCCGGUAUUCAGAUGCUCCCGAUAGUUGGAGCUAUCAUAGGUGUAAACAUUGUCGCCGGGAUUACCAUCUCAUUUACUGGACGGUUGGCACCUUUUAUCGUAAUAGCUACAGUCUUAGCCUCCGUUGGAUCAGGCCUACUAUACACCUUCACACCCACCAAAUCACAGGCGCGUAUCAUCGGAUAUCAGCUGAUAUACGGUGCUGGCUCUGGCGCCGGCGUACAACAGGCAUUCAUUGGUGCACAGGCUGCACUAGAUCCUGCCGAUGUAACCUACGCAUCUGCGAGUGUAUUACUAAUGAACUCAAUGAGUGGGGUUAUAACGCUCUGCGUAUGUCAAAACCUCUUCACUAAUCGCAUUAAUGCUCUUACUGAAGUUCUACCCGGAGUGACUAAGGAAACUCUACAGAGUGGGUUUGCGUUCUUGCGGAGUACUCUAACUCCAGCGGAAUUUGGAGUUGCCAUUCAAACAUUUAAUAGCGCGAUACAGGACGCAUUUUUGGUAGCUAUCGUCUUGAGUUGUGCAUCAGUACUUGGCUGGCCUUUUCUAAGUUGGGCGUCGGUGAAAGGACAAAAAAAGAUGAACAAAUAG